AUGGCCCCACCGAAGUUACCCCUCGUCCCACCCAAGGGUGUCUUUGUCCCGUCCCCGACAUUCUUCCUCCCCGCAUCUACCGCCGCCUCAGAAAAAGUUGUACAAGCGCCUGUCGACACCAAGACACAAAUCGAACACACUCUUUUCCUCGCUCGCGCAGGCAUCACCGGCCUCACCCUUCUCGGAUCAACCGGAGAGGCCGUCCACCUCUCGCGGACCGAGCGCAAGGACCUGACGGUCGCCGUCCGUAAGGGCCUGGAAGAUGGCGGGUUUCCCGACUACCCGGUCAUGGCUGGUGUCCUGACGAACGGCGAGAUUGAGGAGACUCUAGAGUGGCUACAUGACUAUGCCGAGGCGGGUGCACAGUGGGGAUUGGUGUUGACGCCGGGGUAUUUUGGCCCUGCGGUGUCACAGGAGGGAUUGGUCAAAUGGUAUCAGAUAAUUGCCGACAAGAGCCCCAUCCCGAUCAUGAUCUACAACUAUCCUGGCGUGACGAAUAACGUUCAGGUGUUGCCGGAGACAUACCGGGUGUUGGCAAAACACCCAAAUAUCGUCGGUUGCAAGAUGUCCCACGGGAACGUGUCGCACCACAUCCAAGUUUCUCUCGAUCCAGCAAUCGACCACGACAACUUCCGAGUCUACAGUGGGUUUGGCAACCAGCUUGGCCCCAUCGUUGCGUUUGGCGCGGCGGGUGUCAUUGACGGGAUGGCCGCCUUCUAUCCCAAGACGGUGGUCCGCUUGAUGGCUCUGAUGUUGCAAGAGGAGAAGACAGCCGAGACAUGGGCCGAGAUUCACCGUUUGCAGUACGCCGUUAGUCAGGGUGAGGAAUUCGUGAUGCGGUCUGGCAUUCUGGGAAUCAAAGAAGCUGUCUUCCGGGUCACUGGGUUUGGAAACAUGGAGGGUGGCAGGCUUCCUAUUCCUGGACACUUGCCCGAUGGGGCGUGGGACAAGGCAAAGGGGCUGUUCCUGGAUGAUAUCCAGGCUACUGAAUCUUCCCUUUAG